CAUUGCGAGCGGUCUGUUUCUAGGUGUCUAGCAACAGCUAUCAGCCCAGACAGCCAGCGGCAAAGGGAGCUGUAUUUUUCGGUGUGUCUUUUCACGAUUAUUCGCUGCCGAGUACUUAUACUUAAUAGUCGCUUGGCUGAAAGUAGUGAAAAAACAACCCUGACCCCUGCACAGAGAUAUGAGCGGCAGCGGGCGGCCCAGGACCAGCUCGUUUGCUGAGCCGCCAGGUGUGCCAGGAACCGCCGCUGCGUCCACCGGAUCAGCCGCUGCCGUGGGGAGCAGCACAGGAAAGUCCGGGGUCCCGCAGGCCUCCGGCAGCAGCUCGUCGGGAUGCUCGAACCUUAAGCUUGCCAGAGACAGCGGGAAGGUGACGACAGUUGUGGCCACACCUGGUCAGGGACCAGACCGCCCACAGGAAGUCUCUUACACUGACAUUAAGGUGAUUGGCAAUGGGUCGUUUGGUGUGGUGUACCAAGCUCGCCUCAUCGACAGCCAAGAGAUGGUGGCCAUAAAGAAGGUUCUGCAGGAUAAGAGGUUCAAGAAUCGGGAACUACAGAUAAUGAGGAAGCUGGAUCACUGCAACAUUGUCAGACUACGUUUCUUCUUCUACUCCAGUGGCGAGAAGAAAGAUGAAGUGUAUCUCAACCUGGUGCUGGACUUUGUCCCUGAGACCGUCUACAGGGUUGCCAGGCAUUUUAACAAGGCCAAGAGCAUCAUUCCUAUCAUAUAUGUGAAGGUGUACAUGUACCAGUUGUUUCGCAGUCUGGCUUAUAUCCAUUCCCAGGGCGUGUGUCACAGAGACAUCAAACCCCAAAAUCUGCUUGUCGACCCAGAAACUGCCAUCCUCAAGCUGUGUGACUUUGGCAGCGCCAAGCAGCUGGUCCGCGGUGAACCCAACGUGUCGUAUAUCUGCUCACGGUAUUAUCGCGCCCCUGAGCUCAUUUUUGGUGCCACAGACUACACAGCAAACAUUGACAUCUGGUCAGCAGGCUGCGUACUGGCUGAGCUGCUGCUCGGACAACCCAUAUUCCCCGGUGACAGUGGGGUAGACCAGCUAGUAGAGAUUAUCAAGGUGCUGGGAACCCCAACAAGGGAACAAAUCCGAGAGAUGAACCCAAACUACACAGAAUUCAAGUUCCCUCAGAUCAAAGCCCAUCCAUGGACCAAGGUGUUUAAACCUCGCACGCCUCCAGAAGCCAUUGCUCUUUGCUCCCGGCUGCUGGAGUACACGCCGGCCUCACGUUUCUCCCCGCUAGAGGCCUGUUCACAUGCCUUCUUCGACGAGCUGCGCCAGCCUAACACGCGACUGCCCAGUGGACGUGAACUGCCGAUGCUCUUUAACUUCAGCCCCACAGAGUUGUCAAUCCAGCCGCAGCUGAACUCAACCCUCAUUCCUCCUCACGCUCGUUCUCAUACAGUUGCUUCUGCCCACGAUGGUACCGGAUCAGAUUCAUCUCAACACAGUUCAGUACCAGGGUCUCUUAACAGCAUCUGAAGCAGCUUCUCGCCUGCCUGCCUGCCAGCCUCACCCUUACCUCAGACGCGCAGACACACACACACACACACACACACACACACACACACACACACACACACAGACAGACAGACACACUCUCUCCCACUCACACACACACACACACACCCUCCCUCUACUGCUUUCCUCCGUGCUGCUUGCUCUCCUCUUAGAUGAUCUGUUUUUGUACAGUAAAUGCAUUGAACAAACAAACAUUAGUUCUGUAGCUGCCAUGGUUGAAACUACAGCAGGAGAUUGUUACACACACAGUUUCGCUGCUGAUCGGGUGGGAUGUGAAGGUUCAAUAGUGGGGGCUGGUCCUCUGUAAUAUAACCUUUUUUUAAAUCAACAUUUUUUUUCUUUAUAUUUGUGUUUAUUUAUUUCACUAAUUGAAAACAUCGUAUGAUCACACAACGUUUUGUCUCUAAAGAUUUUUCCACUUCAGAUUAUUUUUUUAUAAUCUUCAGUGUUUUUUGCAGUAAGGGGUGAACUGUACACUGCCUGACCAAGACCAGAACUGACCCCAAAUAGGUCAUCAGGGUAAAGGAGAUUUUUAUUCAACUCAGGGCAGGAGAGUGGAUGCAGGGACUGAUAAAUUCCUAAAUCCUCCAGCCACAUUAUUUUACCAAUCCAGCCUGAUGUUUAGGUUUAAAUUAAACCUCCAAGUCUUCUUAAUUUACCUCCUUAAGUGGUGGGUAGAGGGUAGUAAAACUCAUCAGUACCAAGUAGCAGUUAUCAGUGUUUGGUUGGAGGUGUAUUGGAUUGCCCCUUACAUGAAUCAUGUUCAGUGGAUGGACUGGAAAUAACCAGCCAUCAGCCAAACGCUGACUCCACCAGAUACCGUGUCUUGUAUUCAUCUGUUUGUUUCCUGUUCAAGAUAGUUUUGUUUGGUAAAAGAUUGCAAUAUUCCUAUAAAAUAUCUGCUUUUACACUUCCAUAUUAAUAUGGGUUAGUUCAAUCAUGGGUUUAGGCUACUUUUCAGCUUUUAUUUGUGAUAAUUGUUUUUAACUCAUUUCCACAUCCAGGAGGGCAGAGAUGUUAAUUUGGAAAGACUUUUAUGUAAAACAUCCAGAGGAAUAUUCAUUGACUCCUGCUCUUUUUCAUCACCUCAAAAAAUAGUGUAGACCUGUAAAUGUCAGUUGUGAAGAAAGUGUCAAUGUGAUGCUCAGAAAAAUUAAAUGAAAUUGAGCAAGCAAAUUAGAAUCAUAGUAGUGCAGCUAGUAGUACAUUACUGGGUGCUGCUUGUUCUCUGUCCUACCAACUAGUUAGUUGUGUUCAUUUCGAUGAUUAGAUGAAAACCAGCAGUGCUCUGAAUGCUACUGUCGUCGUGGAUCAUUACAACAAUAGAAGACUUAGAGGCUCCUUGUAAUUCCAAAAUUCAACAUGGAUAGUGAAGCUUGUCUAAUAGACUAGAGCUCAGUCAGUCUGUAUUCUGUAUCAAAACAUCAGUGCUUCUUAACUAAAUUGUUUUCAGAAUUAACAUGCUGAAGAAAAUAACCAAAUUUACGCCCUCUUUAACCAUUCAAAAGGAGAAAAAAAAGUAUUUUAAUUGAUUCCACCUAUAAACGAGGACCUGCUGUGAGUGGAGACCUCAAGUAGUAUCAAUAGCAGUUUACUGUGGAGGAAACGUCUAUGGUCAGAAAUGUCUUAAAGGUGUGUUCCACUAAAAUUGGCUGUAAUAAAAUUAAUAUUAUUUGUCUUUUUAUUGCUUUCAAAACUUGAGUUAAUUAAAAUGAGGCAAUCGUGAUGUGGUAGGAAGCCAAAACAUUUUAAUUAGGGUAACCACAGGGUGCUUUUAAAAAGUCUGACAUUGUUUUAUUAUUCAGUUGGAUGCAAUUUGCAACUUCACCGCUAGAUGCCACUAAAUCCUACACACUCAUUUUAAAGCUUUGAAAAGUAUUCAAACUAAAUAUAGUAAAUACUUGACGGGUCUCCUUUACAUUUUACUAUUGUCUUUUUUUUUUCUAUUCUACCAGUUGAUGUGUAUUCAGACAGGACAGGCUUGGAUUUCUUAUUUAAGUCUUAAAAUGUCUCUAAUUUCAGAAUAUGAUGAUGUUAUUUCUUUGAAACCUGUAAGAUCCUCUGAAAAUGAUUGGCAAAUUAAACACAAAUGCUAUCUAAUCAAAAACCUCUUUUGGUGGAAUUCCCCCUUUUGGCUCAAAGAUAAUUCCUGUCAUGAUGUUAGUAUUGAAAGAAGUGCUUUUGUGUGAAUGUUGGCCCUGUUAAUUACACAAAGCAGAGAAACUAAAGAAUGCUGCAGUGGGGAUUUAAUGUUUUAUUAAACUUGAAGGGGAAUAUUUCAUGUAAAUGUUUGAUUUGAGCUGGAUGUCAGUUAUAGCCGAAGAGGCCUUUGUGUUGAUGUUGCAGCUUCGUUAGCAAACUGUACUUCCAUCAAAGAAAAGUUUCUCUCACUUUUUAUAAGAGACGGCUUCGUAGAAACAAAAUCAACUGAGGAUAAAUGGACAUUUGCUUCAGUUCAUUAGUGCUGACAUGUUCACAUAGGCAAAUCAUAAGAAAGAUGAAUUGAAGGCUUAAUGUGAAUAGUUGAACAUGAGCUUCAAGCAGGGGAGUUUCUGUUAGGUGUGUGUUUGUCUACUCUUAUACUAUCUUUGUGAGGACUGAAUUGAAUUUUACCCCAUAAGAGUGAGAAAAGACAGCUGUUGGUUUUUUGGUUUGGUUUGGUUGACGUGGUCUUACGGUCAAGGUUACUAUUAGGGUCAUGGGUCAGAGAAUGUAUUGUCGGCAUCCUCUCAAGUAAAGAAGUAAAAGUGUAUGUUUGACCGACCAUAUUCCAACCUGCAGUCUGAACAACCAGUGUUUUAGGGAUUAGAGCAGUCAACAAUUCAUAUUUUUAGUAAGCAGUGCAGACCACUUGAAAGUUUUAGUAUAGUAUAUUUGAUACUAUUAUACCAUGCCUCCACCUGCUGUUUUUACCCGUAGCCAUGUUUGUGUUUUUUAAAAAUACAAGUGAGGAGCUCUGACGAGCCCCAAUGCGUUUUGAAUUCCACCACACUCGGCACAUUCACAUCGAUUUCAUAUGAGGAGAGUGGAGAGCAUUUUUCAUUCUCUUUCCAACCGUGGUUUUCCUCCCAGCCGCUUCUGGGUUUCAAACUGCUAACCUCCCAGUACUGUGGGUGACUGCUGGGCAACAUCGUGCUUUCUGUGCUGUAGAGAGUCCAACCAGCGUGUUUGAUUAACUCUGCAGGGUGCGUCACACUCAGAGCUGUGAGACUUUUUGUGGCUAUGACAAAGUGUGGGAAAAGCUGCUCCCAGCGAGAGGAAUCAAACACGGCUGAUUUUUCUCUUCCCCAAUCUCAGAAGCCAUUUUUCCCCCUCCUUUCUCUCCCGUCUCCUCCUCUUAGCGCACGUGUAAAUAUCACUGAUUUUUAUUUUCCUCUUUUUACUUUUUAUUACAGAGUUGUUUAUAUCUUACUUCCCUCAUCCUGUUGAUGGAGCAGUCUUAGUUUGUGCAUUUUUGUAAAUAAGUUUCUUUUUUUCACAAUUCAAAAUGUAAAUACUGCAAAGAAAAAAAAAUCAGCCUACUCCUCAUGUUUGUUGAUAUUUCUCUCUCUUCCUCUUUCUUGUAGUCCAGUGAACAUUUUAAAGUAGCUGUUAACACCGCUACUCAGCUGUCCUCCCUGUUUGGUCCUCUGUUGGAUCACCUGACUGUUGAAUGAAUAUUUUAAAAGUUCUGUUCCAAAAUGCUCUCUUUCUGUUUACUUUGGGUAGAACAUAUAAACAUCUAAGAGUGAUGUGAGCUCUCUGAAAUCUAAAGGACUGAAGCAUGUUCGCUUAUCUGAGCCAUGCGGCAGCAGCAUCUUGAAUCUGGCCAAGGUUGCAUGACAGUGCUCUCUCCAAACUACUCAUCUGUUAUCUGCUGUUGAUACAGUGUAUAUAUACAGUAUAAGAAAUGCAAAAUGUUUGAAGCAAUGAUGUUUGUUUUUACCUUUUUACCAUGAUUAAAUCUAAACUUUUUCAAAAUCACAUUUAAGAGGCUGCAGAGUCUCUACAAGAGAGAGCUGUUCAGUCAUUAUUCGUUCAGCAUGUGCCUAACUGUGCCAGUUAUAGUGAAACACAAGAAACAUUUCCUGUUCUCUUUUGGACUUGGUAACCUCCUAUUCUUUUAUUGUACAAUUACACAAGAGGAUACACAAUAUAAACUCAGAAUCAGAAAAUAGCUGUCAAAAGUCAAGCAGAUUUAAAAUGAUAAAUUUAAAGCGGAAAGAAAACAACUGCAGUUGUAACUCUUAAUAUUUGCAGGUGGUUGUUGCAGUAGUUAUUACCUUCCUUGCCUGUAGAUGGCAGACAUUGACAUGCCUACAAUUUGAAACCACCGAUUUAGCAUUGCGCUUUGAUUAAAUUGUCAGAAUCUCAGUGGACAGUUUUUAAAAUCGAUGCCAUAUAACCAGAGAAAUCAUCUUUUUUUUAAUUCCACCCAUUCUCCUUCCUUGUCAAAACCUGGCGCCUACAUUACCCACAAUACAUCUAGACUGCCGACAGUUAGGUUGAAGAUUGGCUAGCAGUAGCUAAUGUGGCCACUGCAGAGACAUGGAGUGAGCUAGAGAGAGCUAACUUCUUCCUAACUCCAAACUCACAUCUUUUAGACUUUUCAGUCCCAUCUGAAGCAAUUUUUAUCAUAUUUAAUUUUUAUUGCUUGUAGGUGGCUCAUGUGAGACUGGUAAUACAGAGCUUUUUUGCUUCCACAAAGUUGGUUGUUCUCGUUUUGGAACAGAACUUCAUUUGUACGUUGUGUCAUAUUGCAAUAUAUUAUUACUGUGCAGUAUUGAGAAAAAUGUCUUUGCAACAUGUCACUGGUAUUUUUGCAGAAAGCGCAAUGUCUGACUUGAGUGAUCUCAAAAGUGUUUGGUUGGACUAGAAUCAGUGUGUCCAGCUAAUACUUAACAUGGGCAUUUUGUAUUAUGUGCUGUAUGACAUACAGAAUUGCUGCUAUGGUCACAACAUGGCAGAAACAGACAUUUGUGUUGUAACUGCAGACAGAGCCACCAAUGAGCUGUGUGUUUGUCGCCAGGUAACAUGCAGAAAUGUUGCUGCACAUGAACGACAGUUUGAAGUAAACUGAAUCUCCGAUAUUCUACUUUUGUUUGUGUUUUUGAAUUCUCUGAAAACUCAAUUGUUUGUUAAUAUUAUGUCGCUUAAUUAACUGAGGGAGAUUACAGCAUCUCUUUAUAUGUCACUUUUAUUUAAUUUUUCAAUUUUUUUUUUACUCCAAUGUCAGUCUGCCCUGGUGGACUGAUGUGAUGGAGGGACAGACGGAGAAAGAGAGAGAAAGAAACACAGACCUGUCCGUCUCUGUUCUGUGUGUGUGUAUGAUAUGAACUCAUUUACUGUAAUAAAGUGAUGAAACUGUG